AUGUCUGCAAGUACUGUAGUACUUAACGUGGGCGGUACAAAGUUCUACACAACAACGGAAACGCUAGGAAAUCCAUUAGCUCGAGAAAGUGGUUUCUUCUCAAAUUUGGAUCUUACAAAGGGGGAGGUCUUCAUAGAUCGCGAUCCUACUGUAUUCAUGUACAUUUUGAAUUAUUUGCGUGACGGACGGGUGAUGUUUGCGAAUGAUGGUCUUACCGCUGCUCUACUGUUCCAAGAAGCCAAGUACUACGGUCUUGGUAAGCUUGUUGAGCAAAUCUCCCUGGUAUCGAUGAACGCUUCAGGAUAUCAUGACAUCAAGGUGGCGAAGUGA